AUGUCUGCUCAACCAGAAUCUGUUUUUGUCACCGGUGCUACUGGCUAUAUUGCUCAACAUAUUGUUAAACAAUUACUUGAACAAGGAUAUAGUGUGAUUGGUUCAGUUAGAUCAGAAGAAAAAGGAAAAGAUUUAAAAUUAACAAUUGCAAAGACUGAUUUAAUUUCAGAUUUGUUUCAUUAUGUUGUUGUUCCAAAUAUUAUUGACAAGAAAUCCUUUGAUGAAGUGUUUGAUGAACAUCCAGAAAUUAGGGUCGUAUUACAUACUGCAUCUCCAGUUGAUUUUACUGCAAAAGAUGCUCAAAAAGAUAUUAUUGAACCAGCAGUUCUAGGUACAAAAAAUAUUUUACAAUCAGCCAAAGAACAUUCAAAUAUCAAACAUGUUGUUAUUACCUCUUCUGCAGUUAGUGCUAUUGAUAUUACUGGAUCAGUUAAACCCGAUGACGUUGUGACUGAAAAUUCUUGGAGUAAACUAGACUUUAAACAUUUAAAGGGUCCAGAAGAUGCAAGUGUUGGUUAUGGUCUUAGUAAAACUUUUGCCGGUAAAGAAGUUGACAAAUUUAUUGAAAAUGAAAAACCAAAUUUCACUAUAGCUUCAAUUUUACCACCUUAUGUAUUAGGUCCACAAGCAUUUGAAGUUAAAGAUAAAUCUCAGUUAAAUUUCUCAGCUGAAUUAGUCAAUAAAGUUUUAAAGUUGAAACCAGAUGAUAAAAUUCCUGAAUUUGUUGGGUUUUUUGUUGAUGUAAGAGAUGUUGCUCAUGCACAUAUAAAAGCAAUUGAAUCAAGUAAAGAAACAAAUGGUAAAAGAAUAGCCACUGAUGCUGGAUCUUUUACAAAUGAAAUUAUUGCUACUAUAAUUAAUAAACAUUUUCCACAAGUCCAUAUACCUGAAGGAUCAGUUAAAAAAUCAAAUGAGCAAUUGAAAGAUAAAGAUUUUGCAAGAAAUUUUUCAAAAUCUGAAAAAUUAUUAGGAUUUGAUUAUAUUCCUUUGGAAAAAACUAUUGUUGAUUCCGUUCAACAAAUUCUUGUUGCUAAUUAA